AUGGCCCACGUGGCUGGGGCUGGCAAAGCUCCCCAGCACAGCCGGGAGCCCCGGCGGGGGCCAGCACCCACCUCGGGCUGGGUGAUGGCUCAGGAGCCCAGGCUGGAGGAGAAGGCAGCCAACGGCAGCCCUGAGGAGAACCAAGAUGGCAGCCCCGCCAAUGCCUCCUUGCCCAGCACCGCUGAGGAGGGACAUGGCGAGGGGGAGGAAGAGCCAGUGGGUGGCCUGAGCAGGGGCCUGGGGCCAGGGGAAGGCCAGCCAGAGGAGACCACCAUGGAGAAGGGCCAGGAGGGGCCUGGCAAGGUGCAGGGCCCAGGGGAGGAUGCCAUGUUGGGCACCCCUGAGGCAGCACAUCAUGAAGAGAACCGCCUGCCCGGCCCACAAGAUGGCUUCCGUGCCCAGGAGGAUGAGGAGCCCAGUGCUGAGGAUGGAGCCUCUAAGGAGGACGGGCAGUCUGGGGAAGAGAAAAAGGAGGAGCCAAAAGCAGUGUCUGCUCCCAAGGGGGGAGAGGAAGGGGACGAGCAGAGCUCGGAGGAAGAUGGUGAGCAGGAGGAGUCUGAGGAAGAUGAACACGGCGAGUCUGAGGAAGAUGGAGGUGAGGGAGAGUCUGAGGAGGAGGGAGAGUCUAAGGAGGAGGAAGAGUCUGAGGAAGAUGAUGCUGGGGCAGUGGGGCCAGAGGAUGGAGCUGAAGAGAGCAACAGGGAAGCGGCCAGUGCUUCUGGCAAAAACAGCCACGGCAAGCAAGCAGCUGCCGGCAAGGGAGAAGCCUGGGAUGGCCCUGCCAGCUGCCAUCACUCACCCUGCAGGGAUGCAGCAGAAGACCCCACAGCAGCAGUGGAAGACCCACGGGCAACAGAAGAUCCCCCUGCAGUGGUAGAAGACCCAUCAGCAGCAGAAGACCCACCAGCAGUGGUGGAAGACCCACCGGCAGCAGAAGAUCCCCCGGCAGCGGUGGAAGACCCACCAGCAGCAGAAGACCCCCCUGCAGACAAGCCAUCACUGGCAGAAACCGAGAGCCCACCUGGCCACAGCGCCCACCCUGCUGCCGCCAAGCCCCGGCACGGCCAGAUAGAAGAGGUUGAAGAUGCCAGCGAGCCGACCAAGCGCGACCGGUCCCACUUGGAGAACACCCUCAAGCUGAACGAGGACAAACCUGCUGAUGACUUCUCAGGAGUACUGCAGCGCCUGAGGAAGAUCUACCACGCCUCCAUCAAGCCCCUGGAGCAGUCCUACCGAUACAAUGAGCUGAGGCAGCACGAGAUCACAGCUUACCCCGGACGCACCCUGGGCUCCUCCGCCACAGAUGGGGAGAUCACUUCCAAGCCAAUGGUGUUAUUCCUGGGACCGUGGAGCGUCGGCAAAUCCUCCAUGAUAAACUACCUCCUGGGGCUGGACGACACUCCCUACCAGCUCUACACAGGGGCAGAACCCACCACCUCCGAAUUCACCGUCAUCAUGCACGGCCCCAAGCUGAAGACCAUUGAGGGCAUCGUGAUGGCUGCUGACAGUGCCCGCUCCUUCUCACCCCUGGAGAAGUUUGGGCAGAACUUCUUGGAGAAGCUGAUAGGAAUCGAGGUGCCCCACAAACUGCUGGAGCGAGUCACCUUCGUGGACACACCGGGCAUCAUAGAAAACCGCAAGCAGCAAGAACGAGGUUACCCGUUCAACGAUGUGUGCCAGUGGUUCAUUGACAGAGCCGAUCUCAUCUUCGUUGUCUUUGACCCUACGAAGCUGGAUGUGGGCUUGGAGCUGGAGAUGCUGUUUCGCCAGCUGAAGGGCCGCGAGUCUCAGAUCCGAAUCAUCUUGAACAAAGCUGACAGUCUGGCUACCCAGGAGCUCAUGAGAGUCUACGGUGCCUUAUUCUGGAGCCUGGCUCCUCUCAUCAACGUCACGGAGCCACCCAGGGUGUACGUUAGCUCCUUCUGGCCCCAGGAGUACCAUCCAGAUACCCACAAGGACCUGUUCCUCAAAGAAGAGAUAUCGCUCCUGGAAGAUCUCAACCAGGUGAUUGAGAACAGGAUGGAAAACAAGAUCGCCUUCAUACGCCAGCACGCCAUCCGGGUGCGCAUCCACGCCCUUUUGGUCGAUCGCUAUCUACAGACCUACAAGGACAAAAUGACCUUCUUUAGCGAUGGAGAACUGGUGUUCAGGGACAUUGUGGAAGAUCCUGACAAGUUCUUUAUCUUUAAGUCCAUUCUGGCAAAGACCAAUGUCAGCAAAUUUGACCUCCCCAACCGCGAGGCUUACAAGGACUUCUUUGGCAUCAACCCCAUCACCAGCUUUAAGCUGCUGUCUCAGCAGUGUUCCUACAUGGGAGGGUGUUUCCUAGAGAAGAUCGAGAAGGCCAUCACUCGCGAGCUUCCCGAUCUCUUGGGAAGCAUCGGCUUGGGGAAGAAGCCCAACGUCCUCUCCUGCGACAUCACCGGCUGUGGCGAAACCCCAAAGAAUCGCUACAGGAAACCUUAAGGUGUUCUGUAAUAUCACCGUCCACGUGUUCCUACCGGUGAAUGAGCUUAUGUCUUAUCUGUCCAAGAAGCCAUGGUUUGUUAACCCUUU